UUUCACCCCUCCCUCUCACUCUCUCUCUUUCCUCCCUCCUUCUAGUCGUACUCCUCCUCAGUCUCCACACACACACACACACACACACACACUUCUAAACACAGGCGGCGUGUGCUUGCAUUGCAGCUCACAGCACACAGAUGGAUGGAGCUAGCGUGUGUGUGUGAGAGAGAGUGAGUAAGCCAGGAGUGAGCCGUAGCUGGCUGACUGGCUGACUGGCUGUGCAGACACAGGGGACAGUGUCACCGUCUCAGGCUGGGUGUGGAGAACUCUCUCUGGGGUAGGGAGACCACAGGACCAGGGUUCUCCCAGGGCUCUAUAGCAGCUGCAGCAGGUGGACAGCUAGCCGGAUGGGCCAAUGGGUGGCUGAGGGAAGGCAUGCAGCAGUAACCACGGCAACAGUGGUACCGGCUGUAAGGGGCACAGGGACAUGCUGAGGAUGGGCACUCGGCCGCGGCAACCCCCGGACCUGCGGCAGCGGGAGGAGGGCAGGCUGCUGGCAGCGGUGGCUCUGGUGGAGCAGGAGGAGGAUGAGGAGGAAGACUCAGAGGAAGGCAGCAGUGGAAGCGGGGGCAGUGACAGCGCCAGCCGGGCAGAGGAAGGGGCCAAGGCCACCAAAGUCCCCACCUUCGAUGUCCCCUACUUCCGCUACAUAGACGAGGAGGAGUCAGAGGGAGAGGGGGAUGGAGAGGAGGUGUGGAGCAGCAGUCGCUCUCUGUCCUCCAUCGAGGACGACUCGUCCAGUGACAGUGUUGUCUCUGACAGGUACGUGGUGGUGUCAGGGACCCCAGAGAAGAUCCUAGAACACCUGCUGUCUGUCAUGAGGCUGGACAACCACCGUGAUGACCAGGGGAGCACACAGCAGAUCAAGGAGUCAGAGCCUCUCCUGGAUGACUUCCUGCUGACAUACCUGGUGUUCAUGUCAACCAGUGAUCUGUGUCAGGCUCUCCUGGGACACUAUUGUUCUAAGAGACACCACCGGGGGAAAGAGGAAGGGAAAGAGGUUCUGGACAGGAAACGUCAGGUCCUGCACCUGGUGACACAGUGGACAACACUGUACAGGGACUUCCUACGAGAAGACGAGCAUGUUAAACUCUUCAUGAAGACAUUGUAUCGUUUCCUCCUGGAUGACCUGUAUGAGUAUCCAACUCUAGAGAAGGAGCAGAAGGACCUGCAGAAACUCCUGCGGCUGCAUCGCAGACAUACAUUGGAGGAGUAUUCACCCCACAGAAAGAGCAAAGCACAUUCCCAUCAGCUGAGCCUGAAAGAGAACGUGCUCCCGACCAGAGGAACACAAAGGGAGACCAGGGAAGUGUUGUGUCAUGUGUACGUGAGCAUGGACUCAUAUCUGAGUGUGAGGAGCCUGGCCAGUGUUGUGGCCCAGGGGCUGCUGCAGGAGGUGGCUGAGAGACUGGAUGUCCCCCUGGAGGAGCUCGUCCUGCUGGCUGUCACCUACCCUGGAGAGAAACUCCUCCUGAAGCCUCAGGACAGGCUCUACUCUGAUUCGCUGACAGCAGUGGGGAGGCUGCACGUGUGCAGAAAGGACCUGAGUGAAGUCAUGAGCCCGUUCACAGACAACGCAGAGCUACAACAGAGGUCAGCUCGCAUGCUGAGUAUGAACACAUGGGACGUGGCUGUCACCCUUACAAACUUUGACUGGAGUGUCUUCAACUCAAUACACGAGCAAGAGCUGGUGUACUUCACGUUCAGCCGUCAUGCCAGCAGUGGCCACACGGUGGCGCUGGAGCUGCUGCUGCAGCGCUGCAAUGAGGUACAGCUGUGGGUGAUGACAGAAGUCCUGAUGUGUCCUACGCUCUGCAACAGAGUCCAGCUCAUCAAGAAGUUCAUCAAAAUCGCUGCCCACUGUAAAGCCCAGAGGAACCUCAACUCUUUCUUUGCCAUCGUUAUGGGUCUGAACACCGCAGCAGUUAGCCGCCUCAGUCAGACCUGGGAGAAAGUUCCAGGAAAAUUCAAAAAACUGUUUUUGGAACUGGAGAUGUUGACAGACCCCUCUCUCAACCACAAAGCCUAUAGGGACGCUUUCAAGAAGACCAAGACGCCCAAGAUCCCUUUCCUUCCUCUGCUACUGAAAGAUAUCACUUUCAUUCACGAGGGCAACAAAACGUUUCUCGAUAACCUGGUGAAUUUUGAAAAGCUGCACAUGAUAGCCGACACGGUGCGUCUCAUCAGACACUGUCAGGAGGAUCACAUGGGGAACGGGAUGCCCCAGAAGAGCAGUCCGGAGGUGCAGGCCUAUGUCGACUACCUUCACGUCAUUGACAAUCAGCAGACUCUGUUUGAACUGUCCCACAGACUGGAACCCCGUGUGUAGAUAGACUACAUACACUCUCUGAGCCUGCCUCCCUCCACCCCUCGAAGUCAGACCACCAAGGAGAAGGGUACCAACUAGUCUUUGGAAACACCCCUCAGGACCCCUCAGGACUCAUAGAGAAACAUGGGUUGGCCAACUCUACAGAGCCCAGCUCUAACACACACACACACACACACACACACACACACACACACACACACACACACACACACACACACACACACAGGAUUCUAUUAAUCAGCUGCUCACACAGCAGGACUUUGAUGAGUUGAAUUUGGUGGGUUAAUGCAGGACUGGAACAAAAGCCAGAGGGAUAGGGUUGGCCAGAGCUGACAGGGAGAUGACUGUGUGGCGCUGGCCAACCACUAGAUGGCGCCAAAAGGCAUACUGGAAUACUGAGCAACGAUGGAGCAGAGGUAACCAAAGAGCUUCUCAGUUUAACAAAUAGAUCUGGACCCGUAUUGAUCAAAGGAUCCCAGAGUAGGAGUGCUGAUCUAGGAUUUGUUUAGCCUUUUGGAUCAUAAUGAAUUGACAGGGACCUAGAUCAGCACUCCUACUCAGUGAUGUCCUGGUAGAUAAAUUGGUGGAUAAACUUGGAUUGCUGGUCGCAGUGAAAAAAGUAACGCUUCCUAUUCUUUCAAUGCAUUUUUCUGCAAAAUGUGGGUACAUUGUUGGGGCCCUCCCCCCAAAAAGGUGGUUACAUUGUUGGGGCACUCCCCCCAAAAAGGUGGGUACAUUGUUGGGUCCCUCCCCCAAAAAGGCGGGUACAUUGUUGGGGCCCUCCCCCAAAAAGGUGGUUACAUUGUUGGGGCCCUCCCCCCAAAAAUGUGGGUACAUUGUUGGGGCCCUCCCCCCAAAAAGGUGGUUACAUUGUUGGGGCCCUCCCCCCAAAAAGGUGGGUACAUUGUUGGGUCCCUCCCCCAAAAAGGUGGUUACAUUGUUGGGGCCCUCCCCCCAAAAUGGUGGGUACAUUGUUGGGGCCCUCCCCCAAAAUGGUGGGUACAUUGUUGGGUCCCUCCCCCCAAAAUGGUGGGUACAUUGUUGGGUCCCUCCCCCAAAAAGGUGGUUACAUUGUUGGGGCCUCCCCCCAAAAAUGUGGGUACAUUGCGUUUACCCUCCACUACACCAGUGAUCCUACUCUGAGACUCUUUAUGAAUAUGGACCCUGCUUCAGUCACUCUGUAUUGAUAGCUUCAGGUUGUUGUUAUCUGCUUCCAAACAGGUGACCACUCCCUGAUUAUCUAUCUACACACAAUGAAUGAAAGCAUCAACCUUCUGGGGACUUGAACACCAGGACACUACACUUGACAGACCUCCAAGUGUAUGACCACCACACACUAGGCUGCUGUUAAGCUAAAUGGAUUUAAACAACAAUAUUGAAAAGUGUGUGUGUGUGUGUGUGUGUGUGUGUGUGUGUGUGUGUGUGUGUGUGUGUGUGUGUGUGUGUGUGUGUGUGUGUGUGUGUGUGUGUGUGUGUGUGUGUUGCAUAAAUGUCACUUCCAAAUACUGAAAAAAAGAUCAUUCUAAAUAUUUAAAGUGAAGUGUAAAGUGUGAGGUAAUAAAACCUUCCUCGACAGCAGAAGGGUUUUGUUACACUUAUAGAUAAUGUAAUAAACCAUCCUCAACAGUAGAAGGGUUAUGUUACAGUUAUAGAUAAUGUAAUAAACCAUCCUCAACAGUAGAAGGGUUUUGUUACAGCUAUAGAUAAUGUAAUAAACCAUCCUCAACAGUAGAAGGGUUAUGUUACACUUAUAGAUAAUGUAAUAAACCAUCAACAGUAGAAGGGUUAUGUUACAGCUAUAGAUAAUGUAAUAAACCAUCCUCAACAUCAGAAGGGUUUUGUUACAGCUAUAGAUAAUGUAAUAAACCAUCCUCAACAGUAGAAGGGUUAUGUUACAGUUAUAGAUAAUGUAUUAAACCAUCCUCAAAAGCAGAAGGUUUUUGUUACAGCUAUAGAUAAUGUAAUAAACCAUCCUCAACAGUAGAAGGGUUAUGUUACAGUUAUAGAUAAUGUAAUAAACCCUCCUCAACAGUAGUAGAAGGGUUAUGUCACAGUUAUGGACUUAGAUGUUUGGUCUUAGCUGUGGACAAUCAGAGACGUAGCUUGAGGCAUCAGAUCCUUUGCCUGUCAUGUCUCUGUAUCUGCACUAUGAAGGAACAGCAAUACACCAAGUCAACACUUCUGCCUUUGAACAUUCUUGUCCAGUUAAAACGCCUUUGCCUUUUUCUUUCAGUGGCAGUAUUAGUUAUUCUUAUAGAAAUGGCUAAUAUUCUGUACAUGUUUAUGAGCCAUCCACCUGCAGGAUGUUGUAUCCUGUUCUAGAGAAUCCUCUUGGUGAAUGUUUCAGUGGUUUAGAAAAGAGAUCAGACCCUGAUAUAGAGGUUCUUCAGUAGCACCACCAGUUCUCCUGUUGUGGAUUCCCCUGAUGUGUAAUGUGUGUAUCACAGAGAUGAAACACUUCUAUAUCCAUGGUGUGUAUAGUGUUUUGAGGCAGGUCAUGUACUAUAGAUUCCAUCUAUAUACUGUAGUAUGUUGUGCGUUCCCUGGUUGGACAUGGAGAUUGGAGAAGUAUUUAUUAUUAUGAUAAUAGACUUAUUUAUUUGCUCGUUGUGCACUACUUUUGACCAGGUAGUGUACUAUGUAGGGAAUAGGGUAUAAUUUCUGUCCUUUUUACCUGCCGUGGGGUUUCAAUAGGUUAGGAACUGGUCUGCAUGAUGUGGUAAAGCCAUGGAUCGACCACCAAGUAAAAUAUGCAUGGAACAAAAAGCAUUUCCUUGUGAAGUAGUGGUUUUCUACAUGUCGCUACAAUGCCCAAAUCAGCAUGUACUAACAAAUAUUAUUUCAGAAAGGGAAACAAAAGCAAUACCAAGUCACUGCUCUUCUCUCUCAUCAGUCUUUCUGCGUUUCAUUUCCUACAGUCCUUUUGAAAUGUUAAAUAAUAAAUGAAAUGUUUUGUUGUAUGAA